CUAUCACGGCUGUAGCUGCUCUGAUUCCAGCUUAAUAGUGACAUAUGCUUUUCUCUUUAAGUACAGUCCACGAAGCUGGUGGGCUUCCGGCCCUCAUUCCUACUCUUGAGACCAACGCCAAGGAUAUCACCAGGAACUCAUCACGACCACUUCCACUCUAUCAACAGAAACAGCAGCGCAGCACCCUCAUACGUCGACAACAUGGGUCAUCUUUCCGUCGUCCACAGCGACCGCUCCCAUGGCUCCAUGUCAUCUCAGGUGCAACUCUCUAACAACGAGGAUGCCUUCACAACCGCCAGCUACGGCUCGCGAUUCGCCCUCAUGGAGUUGCCACGCCAUCAGAUGCCGGAGAGUGAGAUGCCACGUGACAUUGCCUAUCGCUUGAUCAAGGAUCACCUUAGCCUCGAUAAUAACCCCACCCUCAACUUGGCCUCCUUUGUCACCACCUACAUGGAAGACGAAGCCCAGCAGCUGAUGGCAGAGGCAUUUCCUAAAAAUUUUAUUGACUACGAGGAAUACCCCCAAUCAGCCGACAUUCAAAACCGCUGCGUUAGUAUAAUGGGCAACCUAUUUCACGCGCCUGCCGGCCUCUCUGUCGGAACUUCUACUAUCGGCUCGUCAGAGGCCAUUAUGCUCGCCGUUCUUGCUAUGAAGAAGAGAUGGAAAGCACAGAGACUCGCCGAGGGUAAGGCCACUGAUAGUCCUAAUCUUGUUAUGUCCUCGGCAGUUCAGGUCGUCUGGGAGAAGGCCAUGCGCUAUUUUGAGAUUGAGGAGAGGUUUAUUUAUUGCAUGCCUGACCGCUAUGUUCUUGAUCCUGCCGAGGCUAUUAACCUAUGCGAUGAGAAUACUAUCGGCAUCUGCAUGAUACUGGGCACGACCUAUACUGGCGAGUAUGAAGACGUCAAAGGUCUUAAUGACCUUCUUAUUGAGCGGAAUAUUGAUAUACCUAUCCAUGUGGAUGCUGCCAGCGGUGGCUUUGUCGCCCCGUUUAUUGUCCCCGACCUUGAGUGGGAUUUUCGAUGCGAAAAGGUCGUUUCUAUCAACGUCUCUGGCCACAAGUACGGUCUUGUCUACCCUGGUGUCGGCUGGGUCAUCUGGCGAGCCCCAGAAUACCUUCCCCAGGAGCUCGUUUUUAACAUUAAUUACCUCGGGGCUAACCAAUCGUCUUUCACUCUUAAUUUUUCAAAAAGCGCUUCCCAGGUUAUUGGCCAGUAUUAUCAACUGAUCCGCCUUGGUAAAAAUGGUUACCGUAGCAUCAUGACUAACCUGACUCGCAACGCGGACUAUCUAGCUGAGGCAAUCGAGAAGCAAGGCUUUUUAAUUAUGUCAGAGCGCAAUGGAAGAGGCUUGCCACUUGUAGCCUUCAGAUUCCGUACCCCGGAAGAGGGUGGCGAGGAUCGCCACUACGACGAGUUCGCGCUCGCGCACCACCUUCAUUGUCGAGGCUGGGUGGUCCCCGCGUAUACUAUGGCGCCUAAGUCUAAUGUCAAAAUGCUACGCAUCGUCGUGAGGGAAGAUUUCACCCGGUCGCGUUGCGACUCACUUAUCGAGGACCUUAAGAUCUGCCACGGUCUCCUCAAAGAUAUGGAUCGGGAGGCCUCCAAGAGGUUGGAGGACUACAUCAAUAAGCACCUCACGUCGAUGGGUAAGGGCGAGAACGCCCACCCUGUCUACGCAAACGAGACACAUUCUCUCCAGGGCAAGACGGGCAAGACCCACUCAGUCUGCUAGAGGAAAAGGGACGCCCACUCACUAAUCGUCCCGGCGUAAUACGGUGUCUUGGUUCAACAGAGGAGAUGUUGUCGAGAGUAUGUCGAAGGAUUUCGUGGAAAGGAAUUUGAAGGCAAAUAAAAUGUACGACUGGGCUGCGACGGAGGAUUUGAAUAGGAUUGGCAUUUCUGAGAAUUCAGGAUUAUUGUGGUAGCUCCAGACUGGGAUCAAAUUGUAGAGACAUUACUGACAAAUUAGAGCAAGCUAUUCAAAAUCGCUAUAUAGUCCUCUG